CCUAUUGUCUUAAAUGUGACCACUGAAGUCAUUUCGUUUUCAUCCUUUGCACAAAACGGUACUUAUCGCUGCUCGGGAAUUCUAUUUCUGCAAGGAAUGGAGGCUGUCCGAGCUGCGGGAGUCGUGAAUUCUGUUCGCGGAGGGCCGCCUUCUCGGGUCCCCAACGGUGCCAAAGCAAACACCUGUCGAGGGCCAUGGUUUCUCAGUGACUAUAGUCUUUCAAUGGCCGUGUUUGGACCCGAAUUACAGACGGACGAGCCGAGAGGCAAUCCGCAUCAGAAAAAGCCUUGUAUUCGGCGGAGCCGCGGCUCGGGGAGGAGCGCGCCUCCGGGCGCGAAGGGGCCUUCUCGGGAGCUCGGGGCAGGCGCGGGCGCUAUUGUUUUGCAGCGUCACUUCGUAGCGGGCUUAGACUUUGCCAUCGGGGUGGCUGUGCUUUUAAAAGCCCAGUGUAAAAUGGCACACACACCGCAUUUUUUCCGAGCCGCGGGAGGCGGGGGCGCGGGGAGGCGCAGGCUGCGCGGACGCCGCGCUCGCAGCCAAUCGGGGCGCGCCUGCCCGCGGCGCAAACUUGUUAACCCCGGCGGCUGCGGCGGCCGCUGCCUGCUCCGCGCUCCCCGCUCCCCGCUCCCCGCUCCCCGCUCCCCGCUCCGCGCUCCCCGCUCCGCGCUCCCCGCUCCGCGCUCCCCGCUCCGCGCCCCGCGCUCCCCGCUCCCCGCUCUCCGCCGCGGUGCCUGCCGCGGCCUCCGACGCCCUCCGACGCCCGCGGAGCCCGGGGAGGCCACCCCAGCCCGCCCGCGACCAUGGGACAAAGUCUUACUUUCUAUUUGCCAAAUAUUUUAAGGAUGUUUGAAGGCCCGUACGCUGCCGGGAGGCUGCUGUUUCUGGGGGCUCGAGUAUCCAGCCUAUAUUGUUGCAGUUAUUUUUCAACAACUGCCUUCUUCUUUGCCUGCACGAAUGGAACACCAUCUUCAGCGGGCUAUUUCAGCACAGCAGGUGUAUGGAGAGAAGAGGGAUAAUAUGGUCAUACCAGUCCCAGAGGCAGAAAGUAAUAUUGCCUACUAUGAGUCUAUAUAUCCUGGGGAAUUUAAGAUGCCAAAGCAGCUCAUUCACAUACAGCCUUUUAGUUUGGAUGCUGAGCAGCCUGAUUAUGAUUUGGAUUCUGAAGAUGAAGUAUUUGUGAAUAAACUGAAAAAGAAAAUGGACAUCUGCCCAUUGCAAUUUGAGGAGAUGAUUGACCGUCUAGAAAAAGGCAGUGGUCAGCAGCCAGUCAGUCUGCAGGAAGCCAAGCUACUGCUAAAAGAAGACGAUGAAUUAAUUAGAGAAGUUUAUGAAUACUGGAUUAAAAAGAGAAAAAACUGUCGGGGGCCAUCUCUUAUCCCAUCAGUAAAACAAGAAAAGCGUGAUGGUUCCAGCACAAAUGAUCCUUAUGUGGCUUUUAGAAGGCGUACUGAAAAAAUGCAGACUCGAAAAAAUCGCAAAAAUGAUGAAGCUUCUUAUGAAAAAAUGCUUAAACUGCGUCGAGAUCUCAGUCGGGCUGUUACUAUUCUAGAGAUGAUAAAAAGAAGAGAAAAGAGUAAAAGGGAGCUAUUGCACUUAACACUGGAAAUUAUGGAAAAGAGGUAUAAUUUGGGUGACUAUAAUGGAGAGAUCGUGUCUGAGGUUAUGGCCCAGAGACAGCCAAUGAAACCUACUUAUGCCAUCCCCAUCAUCCCAAUCACUAAUAGCAGUCAGUUUAAACAUCAGGAAGCAAUGGAUGUGAAGGAAUUCAAAGCAAAUAAGCAAGAUAAAGCCGAUCUUAUCCGACCUAAACGUAAAUAUGAAAAGAAGCCCAAAGUCUUACCAUCGUCUGCUGCUGCUACUCCUCAACAGACGAGUCCUGCUGCACUGCCCGUCUUUAAUGCUAAAGAUUUAAAUCAGUAUGACUUUCCCAGCUCAGAUGAAGAACCUCUCUCCCAGGUCUUGUCUGGCUCUUCAGAAGCUGAAGAAGAAAAUGAUCCUGAUGGUCCUUUUGCUUUCCGUAGGAAAGCAGGCUGUCAGUACUAUGCUCCUCACUUAGACCAAACUGGCAACUGGCCUUGGACUAGUCCUAAAGAUGGAGGAUUAGGGGAUGUACGAUAUAGAUACUGCUUAACCACCCUUACUGUACCCCAGAGGUGUAUUGGAUUUACACGAAGACGGGUUGGGCGUGGUGGAAGGGUCUUACUGGACAGAGCUCACUCAGACUAUGACAGUAUGUUUCGCCAUCUGGAUUUGGAAAUGCUUUCCUCUCCACAACAUUCUCCAGUCAAUCAGUUUGCCAAUACCUCAGAAACAAAUACCUCGGACAAAUCUUUCUCUAAAGACCUCAGUCAGAUACUAGUCAAUAUCAAAUCAUGUAGAUGGCGGCAUUUUAGGCCUCGGACACCAACCCUACAUGACAGUGACAAUGAUGAACUCUCCUGUAGAAAAUUGUAUAGGAGUAUAAAUCGAACAGGAACAGCACAACCUGGGACCCAGACAU